GCAGUGAAUCUGCGCUGCGUUGUGUCCGCUAUAUAAACUGCACUCAGCGAAUAGAGCUCACAGCUUCAGUGGACAGCUCCGUGGUGCUGAAACCUCAGAGACACCACACACACUCAGUCACUCUCUCCAAGCCGCGAUACAUGACUGGAACCAUGGACGGAUUCUCGUGGAAACUUUUUCUACUUUCUUGCCUGGUUGUUUUGGAGAACUCUGCGCAAGACUUCGGACAGACGCAGUUUAUUUGCACGUCGGUACCCAAGGAUAUGGACUUGUGCGCGGCCACGAUGCAGAACAGCGGGCCGGCGGAGGACUUGAAGACCACGGUCAUGCAGCUGAGGGAGACCGUACUACAGCAAAAGGAGACCAUUAUGAACCAAAAGGAGACAAUCAGGGAGCUAACGUCCAAGUUGAGCCGCUGCGAGAGCCAGAGCCUCCCGGCGGCGGGACCAGGCGGAAGACGGCCGGGGUCGAAGAACACGAUGGGGGAUGUAUCCCGGGGCACCACGGACACUCUGGCUCAGCUGGGACAGACUUUACAGACGCUGAAACAGAGACUGGAGAAUCUAGAGCAAUACAGCCGAGGGAACAACACCGUGCAGGCGAACAGCCUGAAAGAUCUGCUCCAAAACAAGAUAGACGACAUGGAAAAGCAGGUUCUGUCCCGGGUCAACACGAUAGAGGAGACCAAACCUGCCUCUAGGAAUGACACCGAGCAGCGGAACAGAGUGGAGUCCACGCUCACCUCUCUGCACCAUCGGAUCACAGACCUGGAGAAAGGUAAAGACACCAGGCCAACUGAUAAGUUUCAGCUCACCUUCCCGCUGAGAACCAACUACAUGUACGCCAAAGCCAAGAGGAGCCUUCCUGAGAUGUACUCCUUCAGUGUGUGUCUGUGGAUCAAGUCCAACGCCUCUCCUGGGGUGGGGACACCCUUCUCCUACGCUGUCCCGGGUCAGUCCAAUGAGCUAGUGCUGAUCGAGUGGGGGAACAACCCUAUGGAGAUUCUCAUCAAUGACAAGGUCGCAAAGUUGCCGUUCCUCAUCAACGAUGGAAAAUGGCAUCACCUCUGCAUCACGUGGACCACCCGUGACGGGAUGUGGGAAGCCUUCCAGGACGGAGUGAUGCGGGGCAGUGGAGAGAAUCUGGCACCGUACCAUCCCAUCAAACCAGAGGGAGUGCUGGUCCUGGGACAAGAGCAGGACACUUUGGGAGGAGGUUUUGACGCAACACAAGCUUUCGUCGGUGAACUAGCAAACUUAAAUAUCUGGAAUAGGAAACUUUCUAUCGCUGAGAUCUACAACUUGGCCACCUGCAACAGCAAAGCACCGGCUGGCAACGUGUUCUCCUGGACAGAGAGCAACAUCGAAAUAUUUGGUGGAGCGACCAAAUGGACCUUCGAGCCAUGCCGUUCACUCAACUGAACUGCAUUUCACCGUUCAAGAGAGGCCUCUCUGUAUUUCUGAGCUUUUGUCGUUCUUGUCUUCAUUUGACGUUUGUUAGAGACUAUUUGAGUUAUUGGUAAGCUUAAAUCUGGGAUUUCUUUCAUUCUUAGGUAUUUAUGUGCAAAACAACACUUCAUCUUGAGGAAAAAAAAAAUCUAAUUCGUCUUGGAAACCUCAGUGAGAAAGUAUUGGUAUCUGUUUCUCCUUUGUUUUCUCGGACGUUCAGUUCAAAGCACACCUAAGCUUUUCGUUUGGCUUAUUUCGUCUUGGACUGGCAGCUGGCAAUCUGCGCCUUAUGUCUGGACAAUUCACAAUCCAAGUGAGGAAUUACAUAACCGCUCCCACCCCCAUCUCCCUGGAAAGUGGGAGAUUACGCUGUCCAUCCAAUUCUUGUCAGUGUUUGGCGCUGUGAAGUGAUGUCUGACGCGGUACAGCUCCCUGCGAACCCCCCC